AACUUGACGUCCUUCUUCCUCAUUCUUCACUCCUCACUACUCCCCCCUUCUUCGCUCUCUCAUCCUUCUACCAUGGCAUCCGUUGCCACGUCGUCGACAAGUAGCCCAAAUCUUGGCGCUCCGUCCACAAUGCGGCAAUCCAAGGACUUUGACGUCGUUGCUGCUUACCAGCGCGCUCUUUCGGAUGAGAAGUAUCCGCACCCCGUCGCUGCAAUUCUCGCUCUUGUGGAAUUGAUGGAGGCAUCGACGUCCACAACCCUUUCCGGUCUCGCGAUCGAGCUCUCGCACGGGCGCCAGACCCUCACCGCAACUCAGAGCAGCUUGGGUGUCCGCGCAGGGUGCCAGCUGUGGGAGCGCUUCCUUGCCGCCUCAAUGGACUCGGGUGGCGAGUUCACCGCGUACAAGCGCCAGUUGAUACAGCAGGGCCGCUCCUUCUGCUCCGUCACCGCGCCCCAGUGCCGCGACAAGAUCGCGCAGCAGGCUGUCGACUUCCUCCGUGACGACUGCGUCAUCCUCACCCACUCGUACUCUAGAACCGUGAUUCAGACGAUUUUGCGCGCGCACAAGCAGCACAAGCGCGUGAGCGUAUAUGUGACGGAGGCGCGUCCUGGGUGUCUUGGCGAGCGCACGCAGCAGAUCCUCACCACUGCCGGCAUCCCCUGCGAGGUCGUGUUGGACAGCGCGAUCGGAUACAUCAUGGAGCGCGUAGAUAUGGUGCUGCUUGGGUGUGAGGCGGUCGUCGAGAGCGGAGCGCUGGUUUCGUCUGUCGGGACGUACCAAGUGGCGCUCGUGGCUAAAGCUAUGCAGAAGCCUGUAUACGCACUCGCCGAGUCAUACAAGUUUUUGCGCCACUACCCGCUCUCCCAGACCGACCUCCCCAUGCCACGCGACGCGGACAAGCUUCCCCUCACGUUCUCCGCCGACAUUCCUACGACGCCAACGAGCUCGCACUUCCGCCGCCCGUCUACGUCCCAGCCGCCCAGUGGGUCUGCGACACCGUCAACGCUGCCGCCACCUGCUGAGUUGUCCACGGGAACUCUGAAGAACCAGCCCAAAUUUGACGUCACGUUCCCGCAGCUCGUCGACUUUAUUAUCACGGACUUGGGGACGCCACUGUCGCCAACGUCGGUCAGCCAGUACUUGGUUGCGCAGUUUUCAUCUUAGUGGUUGCAGAGAGGGAGUAUGACACACAUUGCAUGACGGAGCGGCA